AUGACACAUUCCGUUACCAUGUAUGCUCUCUGCAUACUUAUUUUCUUAUCUAUAUUGUCAACCAUUGAAUCAAGUCAAUGUUUGAAGAAAUGUACAUUUCCAAGUAUACCAUUAAACUCUUCACUUCCGUCUGAUUUUUGUUCAAUAUCAAAGUCAAAUGAUGAUAUGAAGCAACAAUGUAGAGUUAAAUUGACAAUUGAUUUUACUACAGGCCUUGUCAAUGGAUCAUUUAAUCCUGAAAAUCGAUCGAUUUUAACCGACGAUGAACUUACAAUUGAAACUACUUUUUCAUUGAACAAUACAUCAGUUCAAGUAAAUAUUCGAUAUGAUUGUUCUGUAUCUGAUUAUUGUGAUCUCGAUUUUGUACGUGAAGCCUUAUCAUCAGAUUGGUCUGCGAUACAAGUACAACCUAUUCGUGAAAAACUUGUUUCGCGUCUUUAUAAUCCAAAUAAUACUCUUCCUAUCAAAUGUUUCAAUGAUAAUAGUUCUUGUCUGCCAAAUGAAUCGCUUUGUUCAAUUGCCUAUCUUUAUCUACAAAGCAGUAACAGUACAAUCUUUAUAGGUAGAUGUCAAAAUAUAACCAAAUCACCAAAAGUUGAAUGGGUUCAAUUAUAUCAGCCACGUGGAAUAGGAAAAGGUUUGACCGAAGGUAUCGUGUAUGAUUGUAACACUCCAACUUGUGGAUAUAAUACCAGUAUUAUCGAGACUGUCAAAAUGUUAUCACAUGAAUACAUCUUGCCUCUUAAUUUGUCAGUGAUUAAUACAACAACAACAACACCUAGGCCAACGACAACGAGUUCUUCAACUGUCACGUCGAAAAGUACAUGGACAACAACAACGUCAAAUCAUGCACCAUAUCUAUUUGUAAAUUUCUUCAACACAUUAAUGAUUUCCUUUUUAAUAACUAAAUAUUUUUGA